AUGAAAUUCCAGCAAGUGGACGACCACAAUUACCACCAACUGCGGGGCCCGGAAAGCUUUUGGAUCCCGACCAACAGGAUAUCGUUGACGCUGCUCGAGAAAAACUGGCAGGACUCUCGCUGGGGUUUGGAGGGCCCGGCCCGAAGCGCAAGGCGAGCCUGCGCUCGGAUAGGACGGCCAGCACACGUCUUGGGGACGAGCACCAAGGCGCAGGAGCAUCUUCAUCAGGACCGGUCUCUGUCAAUGUAUCGAAUCGCACGAGCCCGGACUCCUCGCCAAGCAGCGGCCGCCCAUCAGGGGAACUGCCCACUGUAG